UCCAUUGAUUCUCGGCUACCAGAAGUAACCCUAAACUAGAGCUAAAGGUUAUCAGAAGAAACCUAGCACUUAUUUAGAUUAUUAGGGUUUCCUGACCAGUUGUUCUUCUCCCUCCCAUUUCACUCUGCGGCUGGAGCAGCAUCAAACCGAUCGCAAUGGCUUCAGAGAAGAAACUCUCAAACCCAAUGAGAGAGAUCAAAGUCCAAAAGCUCGUUCUCAACAUCUCCGUUGGUGAAAGUGGAGAUCGUCUUACCAGAGCCGCCAAGGUGUUGGAGCAACUUAGUGGCCAGAGUCCUGUUUUUUCGAAAGCGAGGUACACUGUUCGUUCAUUUGGUAUCAGAAGAAAUGAGAAGAUUGCAUGCUAUGUUACUGUAAGGGGCGAAAAGGCAAUGCAGCUUCUAGAAAGUGGGUUGAAAGUGAAGGAGUAUGAGUUGCUUAGGAGGAACUUCAGUGAUACUGGCUGCUUCGGCUUUGGCAUUCAGGAGCAUAUUGAUCUUGGAAUCAAGUAUGUUAUGAUCUCUUUUUAUUGUCUCCAAAGUAGCAACAAGUAGAAACAUUUUUUAAUG